AUGCUCCCCGGAUUGCAUCCUGAAUUCCCCCAAAGGGCAAAUGCUAGCAACAUGGACUUUGUGAAGAAGCGUGAAAGUCGGACCCGAGCUCCAACCGCCUGUCAGACAUGUCGGUUGCGCAAGACCCGCUGCGAUAAUCUCCGGCCGGUUUGUAGCUACUGUGCGGUGCAGGGGGUCGAUUGCAUCUAUCCUGAAUCAUCCCCGAGCCAGCCCCAAAAUGGCUUCGAUUCGACUAACCAGGAGAUCCUCCAGCGCCUGGGCCACAUUGCGUCCGUGCUGGAGGAUCUCAAGCAGGACGGCGGCUCCGUCGCCCCGGGUCGCCCGCUGAAAGACUCCUUUUUCGAGAUGGCCGUGCAGAAACCCGCCCCACUGGCUACGAACCUGUCGGGGAGCUUCCCCCAUAGCAACAAUACGGGUGUGGAGGAUCGGGGCUAUGAGCAUGAUCCCCUGACCCUGUAUGCGGCCAACUCCCCGGAGUAUAUGCUUCGGUGGCCCAUAUAUAAUCCAGUCAUUACCGAGGCCGAAAAGCAUAUCCGUUCUUUUCUGCUUGAUUCCCUGGACAGCCAAUACCCCUCCAGUAUGCAGCCACCUAGACAGAUGGGCGUUGGGUCCUUGCUGGAUGACAUUCCGCGCCUCUGCCGAAAAUAUCUCAUGCUGGUACACCGGCGGAACCCGGUGGUCGAUGCAGAGAAGAUUGAGCGUUACGCACGGGAGGUGACUGUACAAGGGUUGGGAUGGGACGGCCCGUCGUGUCAAGUGCUCUUAGCAUGCGCCUUGGCUUGCUGCACGUCGCCUUUCAUUCCAUUGGGGGAAAUCCCCAUAGAUCUGGACAGGCUACCGUCACCGCCGCUGUCAGAUGCAAGUAUUGAAGUGGCUGAAACUUACUUCCAUGCGGCAAAGCAGCGAUUCGGCUCGCUGCAUACGUCCCCGACAGACAUCCAAUGCUUUUUGCUAGCUGGGUUUUACCAUCGACAUGCCAUGCGCCCUCUGCAGGCUUGGUUUUGCUUUCAGCAAGCGUCCUGCCGGCUAGAAGUUCGUCUGCGGUCCCUCUGUCGAGAGCGAUGGACGGCCGAUGUCAACUACCACAACCUCGAGUCGCGGCUCUAUUGGUCUUGUAUUCAGGCGGAGCAUGAGAUGCAGAGCGAGCUCCCUCUGUGGAGCAGUGGGCUUGAGAGCCUGGGGUAUUCGGAUCCAUUUCCCACAUUCCCGAAAACCGCUACCUCCUCGCCUGACCAGAUGGAGGACGACCAGGGAAGCCUGCUCAAGCCCGGGCUCGAGCUCAGCGGGACGGAAGAGGAGAAAGGUUGGAGAUUUUACAUUGGGUCUAUUUGUAACCGCCGCACUGUCAAUGACAUGCUCAUAGACAUGUGGCGAGAUGGCGAGCAGGGCUGGGUGGCUAAUAUGAACGGGGUAUUGGAUCAAACCACCGAGGCAGUCAAAGUCGUCUAUUCCUGGUACAAGAUGUCCCUAGACGGCCUCCCCUCUCCAUCCGCAGACAACCAAGACCUAGAAUUUUUCCUACGCGGCCGCUACCACAUCUGCCUGGAGAAGAUCUACCGACCGGUCUUCUAUCUAGCCGUGCAUUACCAGUCGCUACCGCACUACACGCACAGCAACAACCAGCUCUUCCGCAAGGUAUUUGAAGUAGCGCAGGAAGCCGUCGACAACUGUGCUGAGCUGAUUCCCAACUACUGGUACCAUUUCCGGCACGAGUGGAUCUGGAACAUCGUGCGCGCCACGUUCGGCGCCGCCAUUCAGAUCAUUGGGGCCGUUCUGGGCCACCUGAACAGCUCGCGCACAGCUAGUGGCUGGGGGCUGCGCCCGCCGCAUAACUGGCCUGCGCUGAUCCGUUUGUCUAUUCGUACGCUGCGGCUGUGGUCUAUCGAGUCGAUUGAUGUGGAUAUUAUGCGGUCUACGCUCGAGCGCAUGUAUCAGGGGACUUGUCGGUUGGCUGGCGUUCGGCCAGAUAAUGCUCCUUUCUAG